GAGCGGCGGCGGCGGCGGCGGCGGCGCGCGGGCCCGGGCUGGCUGAGGAGACCCUGCGGCCGCCAUGGGGGGCUGCUGCGGGCGCAGGCGGCGGCGGCUGGGCGCGUUACUGCUCCUGCUGCUGCUGCUCGCGGGGCUGCUGCUCCGCAGGUUUAACUGGAGCAGUCUGGUCCCCCUGCAGCUGUGGGGCAGAACACUGGGCCUGCAGGCGGAGGAUUCUGAGUUCCGCCUUGAAGGCAUGCCCUUCCGCAUCUUCGGGGGCUCCAUGCACUAUUUCCGAGUCCCCAAGGAAUACUGGAGAGAUCGCAUGGUUAAGAUGAAGACAUGUGGCUUGAACACCCUCACCACGUAUGUGCCGUGGAACCUUCACGAAGCAGCGAGUGGGAAGUUUGAUUUCAGCGGAAACCUGGAUCUAGAGGCCUUCCUUACCUUGGCAGCUGAAGUUGGACUGUGGGUUAUUCUGCGUCCGGGACCCUAUAUCUGCUCUGAAUGGGAACUUGGUGGUCUUCCCAGCUGGCUACUCCAAGAUCCUGACAUGCAACUGAGAACAACCUACAAGGGCUUCACGGAGGCCGUGGAUGCUUAUUUUGAUCACUUGAUGGCCAGAGUGGUCCCUCUUCAGUACAAGAAAGGGGGCCCCAUCAUCGCGGUGCAGGUGGAGAAUGAAUAUGGUUCCUACGCCAAAGACCCUCAGUACCUGACCUACAUUAAAACGGCCCUGUUAGACAGAGGGAUUGUGGAACUGUUAAUGACUUCUGACAACAAGGAUGGACUCUCCUCUGGCUACGUAGAAGGAGCUUUGGCCACUGUUAACUUUCAGAAGGUGGAUUCCAGCUUCCUGGUCUAUCUCGACACAGUACAGCAAAAUAAGCCGAAGAUGGUGAUGGAGUAUUGGACUGGAUGGUUUGAUAGCUGGGGCGGCCCUCAUAAUGUCUUUGAUGCAGAUGAUAUGGUGAAUUCUGUAGCAGAAGUCCUUAAAACAGGAGCAUCCAUCAACCUCUACAUGUUCCAUGGGGGCACCAACUUUGGCUUCAUGAAUGGUGCUUUGGAUUUUGAUGAGUACAAGCCAGAUGUCACAAGUUAUGACUAUGACGCUGUGCUGACAGAGGCUGGAGACUACACAUCCAAGUUCUUCAGACUCCGUCAACUCUUCACCAAGAUCAUAGGGCAGCCUCUGCCCCUCCCUCCUAUGAUCACAGACAAAGCAUCAUAUGGCGCAGUGCUGCUGCCGCAGUAUGUCUCUCUGUGGGAGGUGCUGCUAUCUAUUGUAGAGCCCAUUAAGUCAGAGUUCCCGGUUAACAUGGAGAACCUGCCAGUGAAUGAUGGCAACGGGCAGGCCUAUGGGUAUACGCUCUACGAGACGGUCAUAUCCGGUGGAGGACAGCUGCAUUCCAGGGACAACGUCCGGGACCGAGCACAGGUGUUUGUUAACACUGUGUUCGUUGGAUUCCUUGAUUACAACACGGUGGAGCUGUCAAUUCCUGAAGGACAGGGCUUCAGGCAGCUCAGGCUUUUGGUAGAGAACUGCGGGCGUGUCAAUUACGGACUUAUGCUGAAUGAGCAGCGGAAAGGCUUAAUUGGUGACGUCUUCCUGAAUAAAACCCCCUUGAGGAACUUCAAGAUUUACAGUCUGGAGAUGAAACCUGGCUUCAUGGAAAGCUUGCGAGGUCUAACUGCUUGGAGCACUAUCCCGGAUUACGCCGUGGGUCCUGCAUUCUUCCGAGGAAACCUGCAAGUGCAGUAUCUGCCUCAGGACACUUUCCUGAAACUCGAGGGUUGGGAAAAAGGAGUUGUGUUUGUCAAUGGAGAGAACCUAGGGCGCUACUGGAAAAUCGGACCCCAGGAAACACUCUACCUCCCUGCAACUUGGCUGCAGCCUGGGAACAAUGAGGAAGAUGGUUUAAAUACCCUCAAACUCCCAUGCUGUAGCUGUCAGUGUAGAAUUGGCUGUGUCCAAGAGCUGCUCAUCUCUCCUGCAACCAACAUGUCCUCUGACCUAGAGGAGUCAGACUUUCUGAAACUGAUGACAGUGCUUCUGAAUCUCCAAGACCUGGACAUCUUGGGGAAGAGGAGUCAAGACGGGAACCAACAGGUUUUGCCAGCCUCUCACCAAUCUCCCAGCACCUGAAGGUUUGUUAGCAAGGACUGCUGUUCUAGCACAAUAGUACUGUCUGGCUCCUUGCCUAUAGUUCCAGCUCCUACCCCAUGAGAGUCCAGAAGACUUCUAGCUGAAGAGUUCACAAAUCCCCAUUUAUCUUCAGUAUCUUUCCUUUUUUCCACUGCUGUCCUUUGUUUUUAUUAGCUGGGAGUCACCCCAGUCUGUUUAGAUCAGUGGUUCUCAAACUUUUGUAUUGGUGACCCCUUUCACAUAGCAAGCCUCUAAGUGUGACACCCCCCCCCCCUUAUAAAUUAAAAAACACUUUUUUUAUAUAGAUAUUUAACACUAUUAUAAAUGCUGGAGGUGAAGCGGGCUUAGGGGUGGAGCCUGACAGCUCGCAACCCCCCACAUAAAACCUUGCGACCCGCUAAGGGGACAUGACCCCCAGUUUGAGAACCUCUGGUUUAGAUUCUCUAAGGUUACGGUGUGGAAGUGUAGCAAUGCACAUGCAUGGGUGUGUGAGCACUCCUGAAGUCCACACAGGGAAGGCCCCAGGAGAAGUUCCCUGGCCAAAAUGGUCCUAGAUAUAAGAACUAUUAGUUUCAGUCAGUUCUGUGUUCUAUGUUUAAAAGUCCUCAGGGAUUUGAUAUUGUCACCUGGAAUUUCUGGUAAACAAGAGUUGUCAAAGUGA